AUGCAGGAGAUAAUUAAGGAAUUAGCAUAUAUAAUACUCAACACAGAAAUGUGCAGUGAAUUGAAGCCCUUAGGGAAAAUUAAAAAGAGAAAGCAAGGCAUGAUCAGAAUACUAUGCGAUAUAUGCAACACACAAGUGAAUAGUGUUGUAUUCACAAAGCAUCUGGAAAGGUGCAAUAAGCAGCAGCCUGCCGGAGCAAGAAAGAACGACUCACCAGAGUCAGCUGUAAAAGAAUAA